AUGCCUUCCUAUCUCAUCACAGGAGUCAACCGCGGCAUUGGCUGGGGAUUCCUCAAGAAAUUAUCCGAGGACGCCAAUAAUACCGUGAUUGGCAGCGUUCGCGAUAAGGCUGCUGUCGAGAAAAAGAUUGCCGAGGAGCUCGGAGACCGUCCCAAUAUUCACAUCGUGGAAUUCGAGCUAGUCGACUACGAAAGCAUCAAGAAAUCGGUUCCGGAAGUCUCCAAGAUCACCGGAGGCAAACUUGACUACCUCAUUGCCAACGCAGCAUUUGUCUCGCCUAUCUCGACCUGGCUCCCCAUUGGAAAGCAAGCUGAAAAGCCGGAAGAGCUUGAAGAAGAUCUAUUGAAGAGUUUCAAGAUCAACGUCGUUGGCAAUGUCCACCUAUUUAGCCUCUUCUUGCCGUUAAUACUCAAGGGAGAUGUUAAAAAAGUGUCGUAA